AUGGAAGCAAUCCUGGUACAAAAGGCUAACACGGCUCCGGAUGCUGUGGCGGUUGUGGAUGAUGACCGCGUCGUCAGCUACCGGGAACUGAUCGCCCGGGCCGACAUGGUUGCUGAUCGACUGGACCAACAGGCUUUUGAGCCUGGCACACCGGUGUGCAUUGUGGCCAAUACUGGACUCAACCAGGUCAUGGCUCAGGUUGCUGUUCUUCGCGCAGGAGGGAGUUGUGUUCCCGUCGACCCAGCUGCGCCUGAGGAUCGCCUCAAGUCCAUCCUGGAAGACUUGAACACUAAGCAUAUCAUCACCGAUAAAGACAAUAUCGAUCGAGUUGAGAAAAAGAGUGCCAUUCUCAUCGAGUCAGUGCUCGAAACAAAAGUCGAAAUGGAUACGGAGACUGCGAUUACUGUUCGCAUGAAUAGUCCAGAGUCACAUCGCAGCCAUAUCAUGUUCACCUCGGGUUCAACCGGCCGGCCUAAGCCAAUUCAAGUCCUCAGCAGCAGUAUUAUUCACGCUCUCAAUAACUUCCCCUUCGGGCCGCUGCUUCCCUCAGACCGGAUGACGGCCCUCAUCACACCUGGAUUUGACCUGUCUAUCUGCGAGAUGUGGCUGACACUGCUCGCCGGCGCAACUAUCGUUCGAGUACCCGAUCUUGUGCGUGCUGAUCCACCAUCUCUGCAGGACUUCGUGCGUGAGCAUAAGGUUUCCACUAUGAUUGUACCCACAGCCCUAUUUCACGUUGUUGCGUUAACUGCACCAUCUACUUUCGGUGGGCUACGCCACGUCGUGGUCGGGGGUGAGGCGAUCAGUUCCAGUGCCCUGCAUAAGGUACUUGAGGCCGCACCUCCGGAGAAUCUAUGGAAUGGCUACGGCCCUGCAGAAGCGACUAUAUUUGCGACGGUGGGCCUAUUAGAUACAGAAGAGAUGCGACGUUCACGCGUAAGUAUAGGACGGCCUGUUGGGGAUACAAUGGUCUACCUCCUUGAUGAGGAUCUCAAUUCGAUUAUCGAGCCAGGGCACACUGGAGAAAUCUGCAUUGCGGGGCCUCAGUUAUCGCCGGGAUACCUUAACCGGAAUGAAGAAAACGAAAAACAUUUUAUUUCUCUUUCUGCAGCUGUGUUGGGUGAAUUGUCAGACCAACCUAUCCGAGUCUACAGAACCGGCGACUUUGCUCAGUGGAGAGACGGGAGCGGGGUCCUUGAAUUCGUCGGCCGGGCUGAUGACCAAGUCAAGAUCUCGGGGUACCGGGUGGAGCUAGGGGAUAUUUCAUGCUGUGUUGAGAAACAUCCAAAAGUUCACGCGUGCGUUGUCAAAUAUAUCCCUGAAGAAAGCAGCUCAGGGUAUAUUGAAGCUUAUGUGGUUCCAUCCAACUGGGAUAGUCAAGUCACUUCUGACGAGUUGAUUCAUUGGGUUAAAGAGAGCUUACCCCAAUAUAUGGUGCCGAGCACGAUAUAUAUGAAGCGCAGGCUCCCUUUAUCCCAUAAUGGAAAGGUUGAUAAGAAGGCGCUUCAACCACACGAUGAAACAGAGCAGCCACACCACCGAAAGGAGGGAAAACAUCCCAAAAACAAUAUAACCAAGACCACAAGAACGAAUGAUCAUGAGGGAAAGGAGGACAUAGCUCAAUGGCUUUUAUCGACACUGCAGGGAUUUCUCCCCAAAUCGGAGAUCAGUAUGAAUGACGACUUUCUCUCCCGAGGACUGACCUCUCUUCAAGCAGCUCGCCUCGUCGGUAUGAUCAAACGGGACUAUAAAGAAAGCAUCACUCUGGCUCAACUCCAUCAAAAUCCAACGGUGGAACAACUUGCAAAAUCCAUGAACAGCUCGAAUAGCAAUAGCGCGCAAUUCAGUCUAGAGCGUUGCGUGGAGGAUUCCAAAGACUUAGGGUUUGACCUCCUCCCCCCUGAUUGGCAUUCCAAGGGCGAAGGUCGCGUGUUUCUCACCGGUGCUACGGGGUUCCUUGGUGCACAUAUACUUCAUGGGCUCCUAUCCAUGCCAUCGGUACACAAGGUUGCUUGCCUUGCCCGCGGCAAGGAUGCCGUCGAUGCCAGCACUCGAGUCAAGAAAACGCUGGAGAAGUACAAUCUCUGGGACGAUCGACGGGAAACAACCCACAAGAUCAUGGUCCUGCACGGCGACAUGGGAGAUUCGACUCUCGGGCUCGGGGAGAAACAAUUCAGAUGGCUCAUAAAUUGGGCGAGCGUUGUCUUUCACGUUGGUGCACGGGUUAACUGGUGCCAGCCUUACGAGGCGCACCAUGUGCCUAAUGUUCUGGGUACACGGAACGUUAUUCGGGCCGCAAUGCUAGGUUGUCGCAAAUCUCUUCAUUACGUCUCGUCGAUUGACGUCUGGACCGUCACCGGAUACAUCAACAAUGUGGACCGCGUGUACGAGGAUGAGUCGCUAGACCCACAUCUCAAUGCCCUCCCUUAUGAUACCGGAUACGCGGCGAGCCAAUUCGUCGCCGAACAGAUCGUUCGCCGAGCACGUGCUGGCGGUCUGCCAACUGCAAUAUACAGACCCGGAUUUGUCAUCGGCCACAGUAAAAGCGCCCUUGCCAACGAGAAAGACUACUUCUCUCGGUUGAUUAUGGGAAGCAUUCAAUGCGGCUGCUUUCCUCAUCUUCCCGAUCAGUUUUUGGAUUAUGUGACAGUCGACUAUGUUGCGGAGGCUAUUCUGCAUAUUGCAUCCAGUCGGGACAAUAUCGGUCGCUCGUAUCAUAUUGUGCCACCAGAUAGGUCUCUGUCGAUCGGUCACAAUCAGAAGUAUACCAUGCUGCGCGAUAUCGGAUACCCAGUGAAGAUGGUCGACUAUAGGGAGUGGGUGGAGAAGAUCCGUAACUCUCCAGGAAAUGCAUUGGAAUCCAUGAUGCCCCUGCUUGACGAGCCUGUUUAUGAGGGUUUAAGCCGGCUGCAGACAAGCAAAAAUACACCUGUGUAUGAUCCGACGAACACGACACGCGCCUUGCAAGACCGACCGGACAUCAAGUAUGUUGCUCUUGACUCAACUUUGCUGAAGCGAUUCAUCGAAAACUGGGAAAAACGCGAAGUUUUCACCUCUUCACCGUCAUUGUGA